AUGCGCCGCGUCCUGCCCUCCCGGAUCGGGCGCAGGCCGGCGGCUCUCCGGGCCAACCCCCUCCCCGCGCCCCAGAUGCCCCGGGAGUCCGGGCCCGCUGCGCAAAGCCGCAGCGCAGGAGGAGCCUGCCCUCCGGGUGGAGGCCCAACGCACCCCCUCCACACGCUCCCCGCAACCUGGGACCCGAGCCGCUCACGCCCGCCUCGCCCCGCCCCGCCGCGGCCCAGGGCGCCCGGCCCCUGCCCGAGCUCCGGCCCCGACCUCGCGGCUCCCCGCACGGAUACCUGGCGGGACCUCCAAGGCCAGACCGGGUACACGCGGCGUCCACGGAGCAGCUGCGGCGACAGCGACGCGUCACAGAGCUUAAGAUGCGCCUGCUGCCCCGCCCCCCGCGGACGCCCUUGCCGCCCAUUGGCCCGCGGCGGAGGACUGGCCACCAAUCGCCGUGGGCCCGCCCCCCGCCCCGGCGCCGCGCAUCCCGGACUCGGACGCGGCGCCGUUCGAGCCGCUCUCCCGCGCCUUCCGCGCCCGGCAAUUCCUGGCGGAGGUCGGGGUCGGUACCUGAGUUCGGGCGACUGCUUGGAUCCGUGGCUUUUCAUCGAUUCCCCUCACCCUCCUCCCAUUGCUGGCGAGAAAACAAGGUCCGAAGGGUUAAAACGCGCGCGGGACUGGACCUCCAGACCUGCGUUCUUCCCGGGGUUGAGCUUCCAGGCCUUUGCCUCGCGGAACCUUCCGUGUGUGCAGGCCGCCCGCCUGUACUGGCCCGGGGCAGGAGAUGCGGCCGCCGUGCCCUUGAACUCUGCUGUGCUGCAGCGCUUAAGUCUCCACUGCAGCGGAAAGCCCACUGCCACCUCCUCGUGGCUGCUGGUGGAUACUGAAAUGAGGGCAAAACGAUAUGUAAAUUUGUCUGCGGCGCCCUGCACAAUCCGUUAG